CAUGUCAACGUUUGAAAUUCCUUACGAAUUUUCUCUGCACGAAUCGCCCGUGUCGUUCACCGACUAUCUUGGCGAAUGCCCGCCAUUAUUGCUAGAGGAUUUGUACGCUACGGGGUCGAAAUCUAGGAAGCCACUUUCUGAGGUUUGCUUUAUUUCAAUUAUACAGCUAGUCCGACUUUGGUAUGUUAUCAUGCAUUGUUAUAUAGUUAGGGUCAAAGUUCAAUUUUUCUGUUUGCCGAUUGGUCAAAACCGUGUCACGUGCCGGUCCACAAAACGUCAUGUUCGGCAACGUUCAAUAAUAAAAUGGGUGCAAUACGCAUGCGUGUCAACAAUGAAGUUCCAAAGUUCAUUUUUAAAACUUUUUACUAAACAUUUACGGCGUUCCAUUUAUCCAGUUUUGGUUUCAAAUUAAGUUCACUCCAAUAACCGGUGAAUGAUUCAUACUUUGAAACUUAUAUACUAUAUAACAAUACACUUAUUUACUGAGACCUCGGGAAAGUAAUGUGUUUUGUGGCCCCUCGACCGCCCCUCGACCGACGGUCUCGGGUUCACAAAACACACUGUUUCCCUCGGUCGCAGCAAAUAAGUGAUAAUUGUAUAUUACGUUUAUCCAUUUAUUUUUUUCAUACCAAUAAAGAUCAGUUUUCUUUUAGAAUUGGCCUAUCACUGGUGGAACAUUGGGCGAUAGUAUCGAUAAUAAUUCUAUUGAUCUCAUUAUCACGGGGUUUGUGACUUUUUUCCUUUGUAUUGCGUUAUUGCAAACGCAAAGUGAACUUUAUAUAGAACGUCUAUGUGUGUUCAUAUUUCGCUUAUUAAUUAAUAUCAUUUUACUUUUAGCAAAUGGACCAAUCCCACAUUAACCGAACUUUUUAUCUCAACAAGUUUAGACAAAAUUUUCAUCACAGCUUGAAAGAGCAUCACAAAAUUAGCAAUAUUCCAAUGUUUCGUUGCGAAAUGUUGUAAAAUGCGGAUAAUAUAGCUUUGCGAAGUUUGCAAUUUUCAGUCAUUUUCUAUUAUGCGCUCGUAAUACAAAAUGACUGAAAAUUGCAAACUUCGCAAGUCUAUAUUAUCCGCAUUUUACAACAUUUCGCAACGAAACUUUGGAGUAUUACUAAUUUUGUGAUGCUCUUUCAUUCUGUGAUGGAAUUUUGUCUAGACUUGUUGAAAUCAAAAUUUUGAUUAAUAUGGGUAGGGUCCAUUGUUAAAAACUGUGUCGAAUAAAAAUUAACUUUGUCUUAUUUGAAAGAACUUUUAAAGUUAUAUAUGAAGACCCUUUACAACUUUUUCGAAAUAUUUUGACCAAAAACAAUGUGCAGUCUGCCAUCUUGGUAUUAGAAUUGACCUAAUGACGUCACAAGCAGGGUAAACUUGUUAAAGCUUCUUUAUGUGGGACUAAAUUUCUUCGAAAAGUUUCUUAAAAUGUUGUGUGUUAAUUGAGUACUAAAAAGACUUCGGAAAGUCGAGUUUCAUAUUGAUAAUGAGAUGUGGUUUGCAAGAUAAAAAUUUCGCUUUUUACCCUACUUGUGACGUAUGCAUAUCGAAUGUAUAUCCAAGAUGGCGGAAUGCACGCUGCUUUUGAUCAAAAUAAGUCGAUUUAUUUCGAAAACCAAGCAAGAUACGGAAUAAUUAUUAAUGAGUGUUUGAAGUACUGUUUAAUAAACGAGCAGCAGUAUUUUAUCAGAUACAAAGAUACGAGGCGAAGCCGGGUAUGGAUUGCUGACUUACUAUCUUUGGUUUAUACAUUAUAGUAUUAAAUUAGGAGAAUUGUAUUAGUAUAGCGUUCAGUAUCAUGAUUUAUGAAUUUUUAUUUUAGACACGCCGAUGGAACGGUGAAAUUUUGGGAUGGCUCAUCAGGUAGGAAAAUUGAUGAAAAUUUGACCAAUCUGAGUUGAGCUCGCGGUCUAUAUAACUCGGGGGAAGCCCUUCCAGCCCCCUUGGUGCCGACUCUCUCCACUGAACCAUUUGCCCCGCCCCCAGUCCCUUUUCUCUAGUCGUACUGGUCAUCAUUUAAGCCCCCCCCCCCUAGAAUUGCGACUUUAUGAAACACCUUCCAAGUUUGCACCGUAUCAAUUCAAAUUGCGUUUAAAACCUUACAAUUUUGUGCGCAAGCCAUUUCUAAAGUGGUUUUUAAAAGCAACCUUCCUGCACUAGAACAUUUACUUUUCAAAAUAAUUUUAGUGGUAAACAUGCUAGCAGACCCCGAAACCACCCAUGCUUGCAUAAAGUUCUCACAAAUUUUGCGGAAUUUGCAGUUUAGCGAACUGUGCAACGUGUUUAAACAUCCCAUACUAUGUGUGAGCUUUCUUUAGGUAUAAUGUUUUCAAGGGUGGGUAGUAGCGAAGUAGUUGUAGUUCGCUACUGUAGCAAACUACAAUUUUCAAGUAGCCUGUAGUUUUUAACUACUUUUUUAAAACAGUAGCUGUAGUUUUAGCGAACUACAUUUUACCUAAAAGUAGCCAAGUAGUUGACUACUUUUCAAACAAUGAAUCGCUAUUCGCUACUUUUUAAAAUUGUUAGCAACUUGAUAGAAUAGCAUGAUAUUGAGACACGGUUUGCUUAAAAUCAAUACUCAUGCAUUAGUCAAUUUACACUCCUGAACACUGUAGUGUUUACAAAAUUGUUUCUUUGAACAUGUUUACUGUUGCUAGUCGUAAGUCGAUUUGUUAUAGGUUACAUUACAUUACACAUACAAUAAAACUAAAUGAGUUAGUAGAUGCUCCAAAUACAGUAAAACUAAAUAUUAAUGUAGCGAAAUAGCGAAAUAGUUCGCUACAUUUUUUAAGCAGUAGCUGUAGUCAGUAGCGAACUACCUUUGUUCAAAAGUAGCAGUAGUUGUAGCUGACUACAUAUUUUUGAAGUAGCUGUAGUUAUAGCGAACUACAAAAAUGUUGUAGUCAACCCACCCUUGAAUGUUUUUGAUGUUACUCUGAGUGUAUAUCCACACCGGCCAGGCUGAAAAGUUAGCCUGAGCGCGAUGGGGAACGAACCUUUGGGAUACUAGUCCAAUGCUUGAACGCGUAGCUCAGUUGGCAGAGCAUUGGACUAGAAUCCCAAAGGUCGCGGGUUCGAUCCCCACCGUGAUCAGGCUAACUUUUCAGCCUGCCCGGUGUGAAUGCACGCUCAGAGUAACAUCAAAAACAUUUCUCUAGGCAUGUUUACUCUCGCUGGAAAGUUAUCAACGCACAAAUACUUUCACAAGAAGAGGAAAGCAUCGCGAACAGACAGCAGUGGUAGUAAAGAAAGUACCUCGGAGGAAUUCUUUGACGAGGAUUUUGAUUUCCUUGCCAUUCACAUGGUGCAUCUAUGUGUUCACAGUAGAACGCUGGCUCUGGUGAACGCUGCUAAUCACGUGCUGUAUUUCACGUUCGAUAAUAACGAACAAAACCUGGAACUCGCGGUAUGUACAGUUUGAAAGUUCUUUCAUGUUUAUGGAUUUUAUGGAUUUUGUAGUGUUUUAUCAGAUAUAAAAAGGGGUCAGCCGGGGGUCGUGGUAUCCUAAAUAGCUGAUAAAUAUGGAUCAAAAUACCUAUUAUUACGGUGAAAAUGUUACAAAAUACCUAAAGCAACCAGAAGCUGUAUACCUAAUACCCAAAAUUAGUCAUAACAUUUAAGUACUAUUUAAAGCACGCGUAGGAGUGUUUUAUCACAUAUAAAACACGAUGCGUAGCGGAGUGUUUUAUAUGUGAUAAAACACUCCUACGCGUGCUUUAAAUGGCUUAAAAAACGACUCAUCUUAUACGAGUUCAUUGGCGAAGUAAUUUUUAAAAUAAACUUUGUCUAAACCGAGAAAAUCAAAGCUAAAGUUUAUGUAAAUUAACAUGAUUUUUUAUCACAUAAAACCACGACACGCUUAUGAUUUUUCUUUGUGUUUUGUCCUGAAUUAUUAAUGAGUGUUUGAAGUAAAUAUACAGUAUACUCGAAUUAAAUACCCAUUAGAUCCUGUAUACCCAAAACCCCAUGGCUGACCCUAAUAAAAGAGACCUUACGAUUUUAGGACGGCGACGGCCAAAACAAACUCCUUCAAAUAAAUGCAUGGUAGUAAAGAUAGUUCGUCGUAUAUUAUCAAUCGUAUGAAUUUAGAAGUUUUAGAAGUUUAGAAGUUUUAGAAGUUGAAGACAUGGGUUUUAUGUUUGCGAAGAGUUCUGCUAAACUCAGUUUGAAGUCGCACUUGUUGUGGCUUGGAAUGCAGCCGUUGUAUCAAGACGUGAAAAUCUGUGAUUUGGCGUUGUAAACAGAGCGAGGACAAUGUCUAAAUUAUUCAUAUAUUGUAAUUACUCAAUUCUUUUCAAUGAUGUAUUGUAUUGGCAGCCGUUGCCGUCCUAAAAUCGUAAGGUCUCUAGAGAUACUAGGUGUGAAGUCGAGUAUCUUUAGGUCUGAUAAAACACGCGCUGCGAAUGUUUAAAAUUGCUUCAAAAACGUAAGUAAGUAAGUUCAUUGGCGAAGUAAUUUAAAAAAAAUACGUUAUGUAAGUCGAGAAAAUCAAAGUUAAAGUUUAUGUAAAUCAAGGGAAAUCUCUAUCACACAUAAAGAUACGACACGCUUAUGAUUUUUCUUUGUGUUUUUCUCAUGAAUUAUUAAUGACUCUAAAACGUUCUGAAACGAUGGAUCAAGAUAAAAAAAUGUAGCGAUUAUACAUGUAACAAGUUACUUGGAACGAAAUUACUCACAGCAGUGACUAUUAGUAACAUUAAAUUUUAUUUUGUUGUAUUUCCGUAGAUGAUCUCAGUUGAAAUCACAACAGAAAAGUCUCCCGAACAAGACGUCGGCAAUUCGCCGGAAUCCAACGACGACACAUCGGAACACGACGACAACGGCAGAGGAUCACCCGAGAGUAAUGGGGAUACACGGGAACAUGACGAGGAUAACAAAGCUACGGAUGACAAAUUGCCCCCAUUGUCCCCGACAUCCUCUACGGUCCAGUCAAUAUGGCGACCGAAACUGGGAUUGAAUAAACGACCACCUGGUUUUCAAGCGCAGUUAUGUUGUCGUUGUGAAAUCACCGGGAAUGCCGUGCCUUUGUGCUAUCUCACCAUGAGCUCAGCCUUUGGAAUGUAAGUAUUUGUGAAAAUAGGAGCGAUUAUUUAUAGAAUACCCGGACACUUUUGAUAGUGCUUGCUUUUGGUGGUCGAUUGAUGAUUCCCCUUAUUACGUUUUCGUAGCGCUUUGCAUUGUGGUUAUAGUGGUAUCACUGAUAUUCAAGAUGGCUUGUUUUUUCUCCUGACCUGUGCAAGAACUUUUAAAAAAGCUAGGGUCAUGUGCGCGAUAGCCAACAGCAAAAUAUUUGCGAAAACAUUCAAUAUUUUCGGUCGAGGCCGCUAUCUUUAUCAGGGCAAAGAGAGAAACACUCUGCAUUGAUCAGGUGUGCUUCAGGAAAUAUACCUUCAAAAGUGACAGAACUCUGGCUAGGACUCCCUGUUCAGCUAACACUAAAACCACAUCAUGUUACAUGUUUAACCCUUGUAUCUCUUUACUGUCGUUCCAAUUGAAGUGUUGCUCAAAUAUUGAUUCAAUACAUUACCUCGGGCUGACCAAUUCAUUUCAUCAAGUUCCUCGAGAUAUUCAUAUACACUUCCUGUGAAAGAGCCAAUUCCAAGAAUUUGAUCAUUUCUGGUCACUUCCUUUCUAUUUAUGAUUGGUUAGUUGCACAAACAACAAAGGUGAUUGGUGCAUUCAAACUAUUCAACAGGAAGUUUACAAUUAUACUAGGAAGUGUAUGAAUAUCUCGAGGAACUUGAUGAAAUGAAUUGGUCAGCCCGAGGUAAUGUAUUGAAUCAAUAUUUGAGCAACACUUCAAUUGGAACGACUGUAACACGGCCAAACCGGUCAGAACGGUCGAAUUGUUGAAUGAAACACAAAACAUUUGGGCUUUCGGACCUAUCUGACUGGAAAAUUUUGAUAACAUUAGAAUGAGGUCCAUUUUCGCUAGAUAUUUGAGAAACAUAGACCAGAUCUUUCCAUUGAUACAGAGAAAAGAAUUCGGGUCUGACCAGUCAGACAGUAAAUGGAAAGCGCACAGUGUAAGCUCUAACACCAUUGACAUGCACAGUGAAACCAAGAUGGUAUAAAGCUCACGGGUGAGCACAAUUUGAGACCGAUAUUGAGGUAGCCUGCGAACAGGCUCUCAAGCUGAAUUGAGAGCCUGCAUCGAUGACUAAUGAAUUUGAAUAUCUGCGUCUCAAAUCGUGACGCGAAAUUCUCAUUGGUCAGUUGCUAUAAUUUAUAUGUUUCCGCUGAGCUCUAUAUAUGUCAACUGCUGAAGCACUAUGCAUAAAAACACAUUAACUGAUCAAAUUGGUCUUGGCCAUCUUAUCUCAAAGCACGAAAUGUUCUGUUUUGAGAAAACAGUAUUUAAAACAUUUGAACUUUUGCUUGAAUAUCUUAUAUUUCGAAAAACAGUAUAAACUGUACGGUCUAAAUUUAGUUUGCACGGUCUAAAUUUAGUUUGCACGAAAGUUGUAAACAACACCAUAUAAGGAUAGACAUUCCAUAUUUGGAAAAACGAACGUUACGGGGCAGAUAUUCAAAUUCAUUAGUCAUCGAUGCAGGCUCUCAAUUCAGCUUGAGAGCCUGUUCGCAGGCUAAUAUUGAGGUAACGUUAGGAAAACAGUUCAAACGCACGUAGAAAAGGGUCGCUCAGAUUGCCAAUUUGCCAACGGCAACGAAAUAAAUAGAUCACAAACUCGAAUGUAAUCGUAUAAUAACCAAACUUGUAAUAUAAACGCGAAACUAUAACGUGUAACGUGAAACGUGGUUCGACUAAAUAGAAAUGAAUAUAAACCUAAAUUAAUACUAAAUACUUAACCUAGCACUAACGCAACUAAACAAUAAACUACAAUAUACAAAUGAAUUGUCACUUACAGAUGUUUCACCAGUAACUCUUUAACUUUUAACGUAAAUUAUCUCUCUCUCUGGCUGUCCUCUCUUUACGAGUGUCUCAAACUAUACUGCCGAGUUCUGGGGCUAAAGCGUACUUUUUCCAUGCAAGAACGUAAUUAACUACAUCAGUCUUAAAGGAAAACAUAAGUUUCCUGUGAUAAGGAUAGUCGACCGUAAAUUUCCUGUGAUAAGCACAGUUGUCAUUACUAAUAAAACACAAAUUGACAGUUCCAAUCCUACACCCAGUUAUACCACUAUAACCACAAUGCAAAGCGCUACGAAAACGUAAUAAGGAGAAUAGUAUUAGUCAUUAAAAUGACUUACUAUAUGGCGAGCAUCACUUCCGGUGAAAUGGUGGACUAUGAUUGGCUGUGAAGCACUUUCAGCGGGUGCAUUAUUUCCCGUAGUGGACAGGCGAUCCAUUACGUAAAAACAAACGCAUGCAUUUUAAAUCAAAACAGCAAAACUAAUAGAAAAUUUGAAAAUUAUAAUUUAAUUUGUUGUUAAUAAGAUAUCUGCGAAUGGUUUUUAGUGGAAAAGAAGGAAUACAUUGGUAUUUUUUGGUUUUCUUCGACUAAAUGUGUACCACGCUACUAAUAUGCAUUUCAAAUCAUGCAUUUCUUGUUUGUUUCAAGUAUAAAUGCCUAUAAAUGCCAUAUGAUAAACUUUUUAUUAACCUCGCUUGCUCGGUAUGUACAGAGAAAUAUCGGACCUCGGUUUUUUUGUACAAAAAAGACCUCGGUCCGAUAUUUCUUUGUAUAUAGACAUCGCGUUCGGUUAACGAGAAGUUAGUAAUUAAUUCAGAAAUUAGUUUCAAAUUAAGAGGAGAAUGGGUAACUAUUAUAUUUCAGUGAUACGGGGACACGCAGUCAUUAAAAUGACGUAAUUAUUCGAGCAGUUUAAUGUUUCAAAAAAUUAAGAAGAGAAUCGGUAACUAUUAUAUCUCAAUGAUACGGGGGACACGCAGUCAUUAAAAUGACGUAAUUAUUCGAGAAGUUUAAUUAAUGUUUCAAAUUAAGAGGACAAUGGGUAACUAUUAUACAGCUAUUUCAAUUAAGGUUGUCCACGAGCAAAUUUGAAAAUUCAUUAAUUUGUUAGCGAUUCCCAGCAGCCUUUCGCGCUCGUAUUCGACUUUUCCGCUUUGCUCGUGGACAACCUUAAUUGAAAUAACUGUAUUUCAAUGAUACGGGGAUACGCAGUCAUGAUGCGCAAAGCUCUUUUCUGCAAGAUUAAAAGGGGUUUAAACUUGUUGUAAAGAAAUAAACGUGCUUAAAAACAGUCAUGCGUUUAAGAAAUUGUUUCGUGAACAGUUAAUACGGUAAAAAGUUCACGUUUUAGGGGUCGCGCGAUGGAUUGAGUGUACAUCAAUCUGCCUGGUGCUUUGAUUCUUCAUUCCACAUUGUAUUAAACCUUUGAUGAUUUUUUUGUUUCAGAAUGGCGUUCGGAAGUAUAAAUUUUCUUGUUCUAAUUGAUACAACGCAAAACAAAUUAAUUUCUACGUUCUAUCCUUCUGACUUAACUGGUAUGUAUUUAUAUAAUUGUAUAUACACAGAGUCUAAUAAAUGUAUUUAUUAUAUAGUAAGUGACAUAUUUUCCAUAUCUUCACUAGUGAAUUAUUAAUGCUUUUUGAGGUACUAUUUAAAACAUGAGCAGCAAUGUUUUAUCAGAUAGAAAGCCGAGACCCAGUAUCUUUAAGUCUGAUAAAACACGCACUGCGAAUGUUUUAAGUUGCUUCAAAAACGAUCAAUUUAGUAAGUUAAUUGGCGAAGUACUUUUAAAAAAAUACGUUGUGUAAGUCGAGAAUGAAAUCAAAGUUAAAGUUUAUGAACAUCAAAGGAAAUCGCUAUCACAUAUAAAGAUACGAUACGCUUAUGAUUUUUCUUUGAAUGUAGUUUCCAAGAUCCCCUCAACACCAAGUACCCCAAUAACCCCUCGUACCCCGGGCGGCGUGCCCCUUGAGGCAGAGUCGCCAGGGGGCAGAAAACGAGAUUUCAAACCCUCUACAAAUCGCCGGCGGGCGACCAGAACGAAGUCGAAGCCCCUGGAAAUAGUGGGUGAAAAUGACGUCACCAGCACAGAUGGCGGCGUUCUGAGUCAAUCCAGUACAGACGGUGUGACAGAGAAUAUUUUAUGCAUAACUUGCGCUUAUACAUUCACGAAAAAAGGAGGUAGGGUUAGAUUUUUUUAUGCAGAGAGUGCGCAAUGGACCUAUUCCCUAAUUAACAAAAUUUUGAUUUAGACAAGUGUAGACAAAAAUUUCAUCACAGCUUGAAAGAGCAUCACAAAAUUAGUAAUAUUCCGAAGUUUCGUUGCAAAAUGUUGUAAAAUGCGGAUAAUAUAGCCCUGCGAAGUUUGCCGUUUUUCAGUCAUUUUGUAUUACGCACGCGGGAAAUUGAUACCGCUUUCUGUGAUAAAAUUUUUGUCUAGACUUGUCUAUAGAUCAAAAUUUUGUUCAUUAGGGAAUAGAUCCAUUGAAAAACAGCUCGUUGUGAAUAUAUUACUUAUUAUAUUGAAACGACUGAUUUUUUGAGAGAGAUGUUUUUUGAGAGAAAAUAUUCUAACACUAAUAUAGGCCUAUAAUACAUAAAUUAGAAUAUACAGUAUUCAUUACUAGUUUUGAGCGUGUGUUACUUAUUAAUAUACAGAAGAUUCUUCUCUUAAAAUGCUCUGUAUGAUACAACGAAUGGUCCGCAAAUAAAUGUUAUUCUUUAUAAGUACUAGAUAAAACAUGAGCCGAAGGCGAGAGUUUGUAUAUCAGAUACAGAUCGGAUGCGAAAAAAUGACCCGUCUGGCCUUAUGAAUUCAUUGGCGAAGUAAUUUUAAAAGUAAACAUUGUCUAAGCCGAGAAAAUCAAAGCUGAAGUUUAUGUAAAUCCGGACAAAUCUUUAUCCGGCGAUUUACAAACAUUGAUUAAACAUUCAUUUCUUUUGUAUUUUCCUUGUGAAUUAUUAAGUAUAUGUAUUAAUAUUUAUCGUAAAAUUCUGUUGUUUUCGUUAUUAUAUUUUUGUCUCAAAUACGUUUAUUUCAGAGCAUCUCGUUGGUCCGUGUCUAUGGGUUGGAACUAGUCUUGGCAAUGUUGUUUUAUUUGCUGCGAGUUUUCCACCGGCAGGCGAGCAGAGACAAACUCAGCCAGUGUUAACUUUUAAUACAGGUAACAUGGAAAUUUAUAUACAUUUUUAUAUAAUACCUUAUUGAAUUCUGAUCGUUCAUGUCUAAAUCUUAUUUCGUUUCUAUAGGUCUGGUGUUUACUCAUAAAGGUGAAGUGGACAGUAUUUCUGUUUUGGACAAAAACGGACAUCUUUUAACAUCGCCAUCCUAUUUCUGGACCAGUGCAGGUACUGUGAAUUUCAAAGCUAAGAAAAUAACGAUUUCUGAUUUGGGAUGUGGCAGAAAUCACGCUAUUCGCAUUAACUUGAGGUGGUUCAUUAGUUUUGCAUUGCGCACUUUUACUGCGCAUAUCUAAUAACAAGUUCUAGUUACUAUAUAUGUAGUCGAACUGCAAUGUAAAGUGAUAAAGAAAGAAUAAGGGCAAAGAGAGAAACACUCUGCAUUGAUUAGGCGUGCUUCAGGAAAUAUACCUUCAAAAGUGACAGAACUCUGGCUAGGACUCCCUGUUCAGCUAACACUAAAACCACAUCAUGUUACAUGUUUAACCCUUGUAUCUCUUUAUUGUCGUUCCAAUUGAAGUGUUGCUCAAAUAUUGAUUCAAUACAUUACCUCGGGCUGACCAAUUCAUUUCAUCAAGUUCCUCGAGAUAUUCAUACACUUCCUGUGAAAGAGCCAAUUCCAAGUAUUUGAUCAUUUCUGGUCACUUCCUUUCUAUUUAUGAUUGGUUAGUUGCACAAACAACAAAGGUGAUUGGUGCAUUCAAACUAUUCAACAGGAAGUUUACAAUUAUACUAGGAAGUGUAUGAAUAUCUCGAGGAACUUGAUGAAAUGAAUUGGUCAGCCCGAGGUAAUGUAUUGAAUCAAUAUUUGAGCAACAUUUCAAUUGGAACGACAGUAAGAAGGUCUGUGACCCUACUUUUUUAUUUUAUAUUGUUGUUCUUCUAUAAUGCGUUUUACAUGUCGUAUCAGAAAAUAAGAGAAAAUUCAUUUCUACAACUGAUAAUAUUUUACAUUUUCGCUCGUUAAUAUAAGUUUAUAGCUUGAAUAUUAAAAAGAUACCAUUUUCCAAAAAAGAAUUUGUUGAUAUUUUCCUAUUGAGCCACCUUAAACAGGAAAAUUCUAACCAGAAGUGUUGUUAUAGGGCGUACUUUUUUAUGCACCCUGUAUUGAGCAAUGUGCUCGAAAUCAUUUCUAGGCAUACCAGACGGUUCCUGUACAGCAGUAUCGUCCAACGCCAAAAGUGAAGAACGCCAUUUUCUCGUUGUCUGUACGGACAAAGAAGCCGAGGUAUAUGUUAUAGACCUUUAGAUUUUUUCGGCAUACCUUAUAGCCAGGGUUUGUGCAUGGGUAUAAAUUACGCCUGUUUAUGGCAUACCUUUAUGGCUAUAAAGUACGCCUGUUUUUGGCAUACCUUGUAACCAGGGUUUAUGGCUAUAAAGUACGUCUGUUUUUGGCAUACCUUAUAGCCAGGGUUUAUGGCUAUAAAGUACGCCUGUUUUUGGCAUACCUUGUAACCAGGGUUUAUGGCUAUAAAGUACGUCUGUUUUUGGCAUACCUUAUAGCCAGGGUUUGUGAUUUUUUUGUUAUUGAAGCAAAUUCUAUUUUGUUUUAAAGGUACACUGCCUUCCAUCACAUCAGCGAUUUUCCAAGAAAGAUCUCUCGGAGAACAAAGCUGUUCUUAGAUCUGAUGUCAUUUCUAUCGAAGGUAUAUUUUUUAAUCAUUCUUGCGCAUUCUUUUAAAGUAGAGAGGCAUAUCUCGCAAAGGUAUUAACAUAAACAUACCAUACAUGCACUUAACUGAAGAAUCGGUCUAUCUACAGUAUAAUGUAACGCUUUAUACAAAAACCUCUUUCAGAAAUUCAGGAAAUGUACGAAAUUCAGUUCAAGGGGUGGAAAAAUACAAAAAUGUUCUGGGGGAGAGUGCCCUCAGACCCCCCCAUCGCCAAUAACUAGUGGGGCUACCUUGGAAUUUUAAAAUUUCUAUCACUGAUAGAAACUUAUAUUAAAAUGUUAUGCAGAAAUUCAAACUUUUUGGCUAUCAGCGUUAAUUUAACAGAUGCCUCUAUAUCUGAUAUUCAUACUUGUGUCAAAGUCUACACAUCUUGUCAAUAUGCUGCUUUCUUCACUAACUGCACAAUCAUUGCAAAAUUGUGCGCUUAUCCGCCCCAUCACCAACAACAAUCUUCAUCAGUAUAGUAUGGUCACUAUUUGUAGGUGCCCCCCCCCCCCACACACGAACGAAUUCUUAAAAAAGGCCCUGUGGCAAAUUUUUGGAAAUAUUCUAUAAUUUUCUAGGUAACAGUUGUCUGGUGUGCCUUUGUGAAAGCGGUCGUCUUCUGGCGUUCAGGUUGCCAAGUUUAACACCAUUGUUGACAGCGCAGUGGGACUUUCCUUCGCUAAGAGGACA